GUGGUGAGUUAGGGCCAACUCCACGCGUGGCUGAUUGGGGAUGAGGGCCUUUUCCUAGGCUGAUUCAUUCCCGGCAGACUCAUCCGGGACUGAGAAAUCCCGAGACUGAAACAACAACAGAAAUCGAGUCGGUGAAUAAGGCUGAGUGAGUAGCUUCCUCCUCCCGGUGGUGGUGGUGGUGGUCGUCGUCCUCGAGCUCGUGAUCAUCAUGCCCUCCGCUUGGACCGGCGGUGGCUCUUCCAGUUCCCCUGCGUCUGUGAGUGCCACCUCGGGCUCGAGUUCCAGUUCGGUGAUUGGGCUGAUCGGCCAAGCUUUGACGGCCAACAGCGAGUGGGCCGAGAAGGACGACUUCUUGGACGUCAUCUACUGGGCCCGACAAAUCUUGGGCGUGCUCUUGGGACUCGUGUUCGGCCUAUUGGGCGUGACGGGGGCCAUCGGCCUGAUUGGCUUCGCGGCCGGCAAUGCGGGCGCUCUCUACGCUUACUGGACACUUUUCCAAGGCGUCGACGAAGAGGAAUACGGUGGGGCUUGGGAAAUGACCAAGGAAGGUUUCAUGACCUCGUUGGCCGGAUUCUUGGUGUGCUGGAUUAUCCUUUACUCGGGACUCCAUUACGACUAGCCAGCCGCUAGCCAGCGGAGGAGGAGCGGACCGGUC